CUACUCUCCUACUCGCUUUUAGGGCGCGCGCCGCUCGGGUCCAUAACCAGGAUCAACAACCUAACUGGCCCCGCAACCUCCUUCCAGUCAGAUCUGCCAUCCUCCAGCAGUUCCGCGCGGUCCCCACCUCUGCACGCGAAGGCCAGCACCCCGCUCCGCCCUCAGCCCCCACCCACUCCAAGCACUAGCGGCGUAGGCCCACCCCCGCGCCUUGCCACCUUCUAAAGCGGGCCGCUGAUUGGCCACCGCAUUCCCGCUUCCUUCCCGAACCGCCAUUUUGAAAAUCUGGUGGCUUCUUCGGAGAGAGGCUGACCUGAAGCGUCACGCGCGAAAAAGGCAAAAAGGGUCCUCGGCCGUUCCCUACCAACCGGUCUUAAGAACCUUCCCCUCUCCUCACGAGCCAGGCGGGCCCGGGCAUCCCCGACCUACCGGUUGUUAGCAUGUCUUCAUCACUUCCCACCCCAGAGGGGGAGGAUCUUCCUUCCCAGCCCGCAUCUAAAAGAGACCCUGAGGUUCCUGACAAGGAAGAGAGUGAAGAAGAGGAGGAGGAGGAAGAUGAGGAGGAGGAGGAGGAAGAAAAAGAAAAAAGUCUCAUUGUAGAAGGUAAGAGAGAGAAGAAGAAAGUAGAGAGAUUGACAAUGCAAGUCUCUUCUCUACAAAGGGAGCCAUUUACAAUUGCCCAAGGAAAGGGACAGAAACUUUGUGAAAUUGAAAGAAUACACUUCUUUCUAAGUAAGAAGAAAACUGAUGAACUUAGAAAUCUUCAUAAGCUGCUUUACAACAGGCCAGGCACAGUAGCAUCUCUGAAGAAGAAUGUGGGUCAGUUCAGUGGCUUUCCAUUUGAAAAAGGAAGUGACCAAUACAAAAAAAAGGAAGAAAUGUUGAAAAAAUUUAGGAAUGCCAUGUUAAAGAGCAUCUGUGAAGUUCUCGAUUUAGAGAGAUCAGGAAUAAAUAGUGAAUUGGUAACCAGGAUCUUGAAUUUUUUGAUGCAUCCAAAACCUUCUGGCAAGCCAUUGCCCAAAUCAAAAAAAACACCAAGCAAAGGUAGUAAAAAGGAACGGAGCAGCUCUGGGAUGUCAAGAAAGGCUAAGCGUACCAAAUGUCCUGAAAUUCUAUCAGAUGAAUCUAGUAGUGAAGAAGAAAAAAAAGAAAAGGACUCUUCAGAGGAAGAAGAUAAAGAAAGCGAAGAAGAGCCACCGAAAAAGACAUCUAAAAAAGAAAAACCUAAACCAAAAACUCCUUCUAAAAGCAAAAAAUCUGUAAAAAGUGCCAAUGUCAAGAAGGCAGAUAGCAGUACCACUAAGAAAAAUCAAAAUAAUUCCAAAAAAGAAAGUGAAUCUGAAGAUAGUUCAGACGAUGAACCUUUAAUUAAAAAGUUGAAGAAACCUCCUACAGAUGAAGAACUAAAAGAGACAGUAAAGAAACUUCUGGCUAGUGCCAACUUGGAGGAAGUAACAAUGAAACAGAUUUGCAAAGAGGUAUAUGAAAACUAUCCUGCCUAUGAUUUGUCUGAAAGAAAAGAUUUCAUUAAAAAGACUGUUAAAGAGGUAAAUAUUUUCAUUUCUGCUAGUUCGAUUUCAUUUUGUAUAACUAGAACAUGAAUCUUGCCUUAUUCUUCUCAAAGUAUUUUCUCAUACAUUCCUAUUUCAUCCUCAUUAAUCCUUUGAGCUGAGCAAGUUGUUAACAUCACCAUUAAACAAAGGAGGGAACUGAGAACUAGAGAAAAGUUGUGAAAAUUGGAACUAAAAUUCAGGGGAUCUCUUGACCAACAUUUCUACUGCUGUUCUACACGCUUGCUAUAAUUAUCUUGUACUAUAUUGCUGUGGUUUCCCUUUGAAUAAUUAGAAAAAGAACUGUUUUUCUUUCCUUUUUCAAAAUUUUCUUUCCUAGUAACAACUUUAGGACAGAGGGCAGAGGCUGUGAAGAUGGAGUUAAGUGACUUGCCUAGGGUGACAUAGUUAAGGUGUGACUGAAGCCAGAUUUGAUCCCAGGUCCUCCUGGCUCCAGGUCUGGAGCUCUUUCCACUGAACCACCUAGCUGCCCUGCAUACAUAAUUUCUUAAGGAAAAAAAUAAUCUAUCCGCAUAUGUGAAAUAUUUGCCAUUAAGAGUUUUCUUUCCUAUUGUAGAACAUUUCUUUUACCAAGGAAAAUCUUUCAUAUGUUCUUAGAACACACUGCUUCCCCUUUUGGCAAUAUAGUACAUAUUUCUUCCUUAUCCUUAAUCCCUACAACAACAGUCUUCUCUCGCUCCCUCUCUGUCUCUCUUAUUUAUGUAUAUAUGUUAGCAGUUACAUAACAUGCUCAGAAUAAUAAGUUUUAGGUAUAGGAAUCUGAUAUGUUUCUUUUUCCUUUCAGUUAAUUUCAUGAGACAGAGAUCAUUUAUAAAGGCUGCUGAUUUGGAGUGUUUCCCGUGAAUUCAAAGAUCUGAUAAACACCAGCAAAAAGAAUGUAUUUCCUUUUCUAAAUCUUUGUUGGUCAAGUAUUGUGUUAAGCAGAAUUGACUGCUGAAUUUGUGUCAUAAGUGUUAAUGUAAAAAUUUGUUUUGAGUUCACCCCUUUUAAAUUGCAUUUUUAUGCAGUUUUAUUAGUUAAGAUUUUUGCAUGGCAAUGAAUGUUCCCUGCUUUUUUUUUUAUAGUUGUGUAUUUUGUACAUUUUGGAUUUCUUUAUAUAAGGUAAUGGACUCUUAGACUGUUGUAGCUUUUAGUGUGCUUAAUAUUCGUAGCUUGCUUAAUGAAAUUCUUUUAAUAAUCAAGUAGAAAAAAAGUUGUAACUAUUGGCAUCUUAUACAUGCAGAGUUUGGGUUAUUGUAGUAUUUGGUAUAGACAAUAUUUUGAAUACACAUUCUGACAAAUAGUCUAAACUUGUGGUAGUGUGUUCAUUAUAUUCAGGAUAUACAGUAUACAUGCUAUGAAUAUUUGGGUGAUUAAAUCUGAACUAUCUUAAAUAUGUACUGCAAAUUAUCAGCAUGAUAAAACAAUUGGCAUAGAUGUAUUUUUGUACUUUUAAAAAGGAUUUGUUGUAUAUAAGGUUUUCAUAUUUCUUUGUGCAAAUCAAUUUUUAAAUCUAUGUAUCUUUAGAAUUAUAACAUGAAGUGUCAGUGUUCUGCCAGAAGGUUAUGAUGGAGAAGUGGAAGUUAUAAAGAUAAUGCUAAAGAAGUAGUUAGUAGUUUACUCAUUCUUUUCCACUUAACUCUAUUUUAUUUAGGAAGUAUAAUCCUCUUAUAGCUAGCUUCACAAUGUGACUGCAAAUACAUUUUGUAUUUCAAGGAUUAACUUUAGCACAUAUUGAAAUCAAAACUGCUUCAGAAACUUUGGAGAAAGGCUCAGAUGAGUAUAACCACCUCCAGCUCAUAAUAAACUUGAACUCAGUUCCAUUUAACUGAUUUUGCCCACAUAAAAUAUAUUACUAUUCACAGGAAACAGACUACUUUUGUAGUAAUGGUGUAGAAGUUAAACAAAUGCCAAAUGAAGAUAAUGUAGUUACAUAGUGUUCGUCAGCAGCAGACCCUUGUGACUAAAAGUAUUGCUCAAAAAAGCCAAUGGUACAUUUAUUUUCACAUUAAUGGAUAGAUAUGUCACAUCAGGGCUGCUGGAUUAUAAAAUUUUUGGCCAAUCAAAAUGUUAGUUGAUCUCAACUGAAGAAAUCAUUUCUCUGCAUGUGAUUCUUCAUGAGACUAAAAUAACACAUUUUAUUUUAUAUAGACGAUACCUUAAAUCAUUUUGCCAGAUGAACUUAUCAUAUCUAAUUCUGAAACAAUUUUGAUUUGUAAAAGGGAAACAUUUGGCCUGUGGAGCAUUUUAAUAAGAAACAUUUAAUUGUCUUCACAUCAAGGGAUAGUGUUCAUUACUGAAAUGUCAAGUUUGAAUGGUGUUUUCCAUGUGGCAAAGCAGCACUUGGUGUUUCCUUUUAAUAGGCAGUUAUGUUUGACUUUUUCCUUGAAUAAAAUUUAUUAGAACCUUAUGGUAAGCUUAUUAAUUCAGAUGACUGGAAUAAGCUACUUUAAACUAACCUUAACGCAGAUCCCAAAAUUGACUUCUGAUUUUAAGAUAAAAGUUCAUUUUUUUUUUCUGUGAAACUUGUCAGUGAAAAAAUUAAAAUUGUGAGUACUAAA